GUGUUCUAUUACUCUAUUACAACAUUUAACAUUCACCGGUCUGGUUCCAAGCAGAAACAUUGAAAUCGUCUAUAAAGAUCGCUCGUAGAAACCCGGAAAAGAAUAGACAAAACACUGAAGCAACUACCUACAGCAUAACUGGUUGAGCAAAUUUUGGAUCCACUUCGGUGAAAGAUAAUCAAGCGACGGAAAAAUUUGUUUUCCCAAGGACGAUUGCAAUUAGAAAAUCGGUGCCUACACAAUUUUUAAAACCGAAUUUAUUUUAUCUGUCGUGUGAUUUUUAGUCACACGAACAAGCUGUUCUUCUAGCGACUUAGUGCCAUUUUUAUGUUUUUUUCUAAAUAUUAUAACAUUUAACUUUUAAUCGCUGGGUUAUAUUACAAAAUACCUCGUGACACUGGACAAUGACUUCAAGCAUCAAUAUGCCAGAAACGUCCGCUCUCCUUGGAGGGCAAAAGAACGGACAAGUCAUCUAUAGUGGCACUAUAAAUCCACCAAGUUCAGAUUCCAGUAUUGGACUUCGUAAAUCAGAGUAUUUAGUGAGAAGAUCGAACGGGAACUUUGAAGAAGCCGAUAGUGGUAUUCCCAUGUUCAGAGCAGUCUUUGUGGUUAUGAAUGCAGCUAUGGGCGCAGGUAUUCUCAACUUCCCACAGGCAUUUGGUAAGGCUGGUGGAAUCACAGCAGCCAUGUCUAUUGAAUUGGUGAUGCUUGUGUUUAUCACUGGAUCCUUUGUGAUAAUGGCAUACUGUGCAAACAUGUGCGGCUCCCGUAACUACCAAGAAAUAGUAAGAGACAUGCUCGGCACCAAAGCAUACCUGAUCAGUGAAGUAUUUGUGCUGCUGUACAUGUUGGGCUCUAGUAUAGCAUAUCUCAUCCUCAUUGCAGACCAGCUGGAACAAGUUGGUAAAGCCCUUGUACCUGGUGACCUCUGGUAUGUCAGUAGGACUUUUCUGCUGUGCACAGUAACAAUUGUCUUCAUUCUACCUCUCUGUAUCCCUAAAACCAUGGGUAUACUUAGUUAUACGAGUACUGCAGGCAGUCUUGGUGUUCUCUAUGUCUGCUUUGUAGCAGCAUACAAGUAUUUCUCUGGCUCAUACAAUCCAUCAAAAAUACAGCCCCAUGUAGAGAAGCCAUGGACAGAUCUCUUUGGCGUUAUUCCCAUCAUAUGCUUUGGCUUUAUGUGUCACGUCCCAGCACUGUCCGUCUACACAGAGCUCAAGCGGCCCAGUGUUCCUCGUUUUGGCAUUGUCUGUACCAUAGCCAUGGUGUUGUGUUGUACAGCAUACUCAGUGACUGCCUGUUUUGGUUUUCUGACGUUUGGGGCUAAAUGCAAAAGUGAUAUCCUUAUGAACUAUAGCUCCAAUGAUGUCAUGGUCAACAUUGCACGGGUUGCCAUAGCAUUGGUUGUCAUAUCAACAUUUGCGUCUGUACACUUCAGUGGAAGGUCGGCAGUCGAGGGUCUAUGGCUGACCGCAUGGCGGAUGACGCUGUACGAAGCAGAGAUAAACGCCCGUAAGAGGCGGGUAGUGCAGACAGUCCUAUGGGUGGGAUUUACAUUGUUGAUAGCCGUGGCUGUUUCGGAUAUUAGUUAUGUUAUCUCCAUCAUAGGUGGACUUGCAGCUUUAUUUAUCCUCUUCUUUCCAGGAGCUUGUCUGUUCAAGGAGAUUAUGCGCCAUCGAUACCUUACUCACUUCCAAUGGGCGUUACUAUUCACGUCAAUCUUUUACAUUGUCAUGGGUGUCUUCUUAUUCGGAGAAUCCGAGGUGUUAGCUAUCACGGAGGACUUGAAACCUAAAAACUUAUAUUAGACCAUGAAAUCACUCCGGGCUUAAUCAAGGCUCUUUCCAGAAAAAAGUUAAGAAGAUCAGAUCUGCAAGAAGCUCCGUAAAAAAUACGGAGAGUGGCAUUUGGUACGUGCUUAAUCACGUAGAACUAAAGAGAAGAUUCCCAAGAAAUUACAGAGAUUGUGGUCUAAGAGUUGGCCUUAGAGAAACUCCAUCGAAAAUUGAUGACAAUAAAUGACGGCGCAACUGUCAAGUCCAUGUACUUUGAACGAAGGGUUUUGAUUAAGUGAGGAGAAAAGUGCCCCCAUAAUGGAUACAAGUGGAACUCCGCGAAAGAAGAUUGUGCACCGUUAGUGAAUGUUCGUCCAUAUACGUUUAUGCUAAGUAAUCACCAAAUGCUGUUUUCUAUUUAUUCUUUUGAGGCUCGCCUUGUUAAAAAGGAAAAUUUCGACCGCAUACGGUAUAGAUUUAUUAGUAUUCAGUGAUUAUUCAGUGACUUCGAUGGAUAAGGUACUAUUACCAGUACCUAUAUUAUUAAAAUCAAAUAUUUUCAAUUUCUGUUUUUUAGAUGAUUUAAGGGUGUUAAAAAGACUGGGUUGGACUUAGGUUGUAUGACUUUUUAUUAACAACCCGAAUAUAUUAGAUAUUCACAUUUUUUAAAGAAAAUUUAUUUUGUAAAAGGUAAAAAAACAAUGUUAUCAGUGCAGUUUUAUAAAACGAUGUUAAAGCUGUAAUAUUGAGAUGGGGUAAUGAAAAUAGUAAAAAAAAAGAAUCUAUAGAAAUGUU